GAAUUAAACUUACACUUACAAGCACGACGCUGCCAAAGAUAAGAGCCACGGAGUCCUGGUACGGAUAGCUAGGAAAAACGCCGGCUAGCGUAGCAACGUACUAGCCCAAAAUCGAGUGCUUAAAAGUCUUCGGAGCCAAGCCUGCAUACGCCACCUGGCGCUGUGCGCUGCGAAUUGACAUAGUCAAAUCGUUCCUACGUUGUCGCUGCGUCUUUGCUGCAGCAGCUUAGCGCGAGAUCUGCGGUCUAGGAGAGCACCCAGCCAAAAAGAAGACUCUGAAGCCGCACAACGUUCGCGAGAACACCGGCUAGAACUUCGCAAGAACACCGGCUAGAACUUCGCAGCCAUGCGUUCCGUCGUCGCCGCCGCGCUGCUCGGCGCCACGGUCUGCGCCUACGUCGCCCCCACACCACAAAGGACACGUCCCGCCUUAAGAGCCUCGGCGUUCAAAGAUAACCUGGGACGAGAGGUCUCCGAGGAGCGCAUCGAGAUGCUGAAGAAGAUGGGCUACGUCUAUGACGAGGAGCGGGGCUCGUGGACGAAGCCGCCGCGGGGCCGACCUAGAAGAAGACCGGCGCUCGCGAGGGCCCUGUCCGCGCGCAUCCUCGAGGUGCGCAUCGCCGACGAGGCGUCCGAUACGGAAGCGCAAGCGGCCCGGGACGCCGCCUCGAAGCUCCAGGAGGUCGUGCGCGAAGCGGACACCGAGGCGGAAGCCGGGGACAAAUCGCCGCGGGAGGCCCUCGAGUCGCUCGGCCGCGAGCUCGCCUUCCGACCGGUCAUCGGCCCGCUCGUGCUCGCGGCCGCGCAAGUCGCGUUGUGGGCGGCGUGCCGCUCGGACGAUGUCCUGGGCGACGCGUUCGUCGACCGGUUUGAGGUGUGGUCCAACGCGCCGGGCGGCUCCUUUGGACUUGCGACGUGCGCUUUGUUGUUCACCUGGGCCGCGGCUGAUGUCAGAGCCUCGGCGACGCCGUGGUUUGGUAGGGUGGCGGGCGCGCUCGAGGCCACGGCGGCCGACGGCGCGGCCGGCGCGCUCGGCCCCAAGGCUCCAAGGGCGUGGCGCGCCUCGGAUCUGAAGUGGCGGAGCGUCGCGCAAGCGCUCGAGUUCGCGGCGUCGGGGCCUAGGGUGGCUGCUUUACAUGGUGGGCUGCAGGUGGCAAUUGUCGAGACAGCACGCUCGCUCCAGCCCGCGCCGAUCGAUUCGACGGGCGAGGGCCUCGCGGCCGUUUCCGGAAUUGCCCUCGUGGCCCUCUUUGCGUUCGCCGCGGAAACGCUGAGAACGUCGAACGACGACGACGUCUUGCGGGCGGAGAACGCCGCGGUCCGCGCGUCCCUGAAGUCCGACGACGGCGCCGAGGUUUUACAUCGCACGAUCUGCCUCGCCUGGCUCGACGCCUUCCCGGACCCCCCCUCAUCGGGUCGUGCCUUGCCGCCGCUCGGCGCCAUGGUAAGGGCUGCUUCGGCGGGGUCGGCCUUCGCCCUCACGAACGGCGACCUCCUCGCUCCUAUAUUGCUGCACGCCGUCGCCGGCGCGCUCGCGGCCGCCGCGCCGCUGAGCCCGGACCCCGACGACGUCCAGGACCCGGACCGGGCGGUGGUCACGGUCGGGGCGGCGCCUUGACUUCCCUGUUCACAUACAUGCCCCUUCUAACUAUAUAUUAAACCUC